AGGAAGUACAGUGCGCGGCUGCGGGGUACGUUUGUGUCAUGUAGUUUUCGUUAUCGUCAACGCACCACGGAUUCACAUAAAUUGGUGCUCUAACUGAUAUUGUAGGUAGAGUUUCUGUCCUAAUAUUGUUCCGUUCUGUAAGUGAACUUCUUAUGUCACGGUGCCACGAUGAAAUGACAAGAAAGAAAGUAACUGUUUCUGCACGGCUGUAGGCCCCUUGGUCAGUGAGGGAUCUGGACUCUGCUCCGCCGCCCACCCCGCCCUUCCUCAGCAGGCAUGUGGUGGUUCCAGCAGGGCAUGUGCAUUCUGCCGGUGACCCUGGUCAUCUGGACCUCGGCCACCUUCGUCUUCGCCUACGUCACUGCGGUGAUGCUGAGGCACGUGGACCCCCUGGUCCCCUACAUCAGUGACACUGGAACGAUGGCCCCAGAGCGAUGUGUCUUCGGAAUCAUGCUGGACAUAUCAUCUUUCUUAGGUAUUGCUACCACAUAUGUGCGGUACAAGCAGGUCCAAGCCCUGACCACCCCGGAGGAGUACGGAAUCCACCGGAUCAACCUCCUCGGCCUGGUGCUGGGCUGGACGAGCUCCAUCGGGAUGUGCGUUGUGGCUAACUUCCAGAAAACCACCCUGUUCUCCAUGCACCUGGUGGGGGCGAUCCUGACGUUUGGGGUGGGCGCGUUGUACAUCCUCGUCCAGACGCUGCUGUCGUACCGCAUGCAGCCGCACGUCCACGGGAAGGGCAUCUUCUGGGCAAGGCUGGCAGUGGGGAUCUGGAGCUCCCUCAGCAUCGCCAGCAUGUUCGUGUCCUCAGUCAUCAUGUACAGCAGCCUGCCGGGGGUGGACGUGGAAAAGAAACUGCACUGGAUCCCAGGAGAGACCGGCUACACCGCCCAUAUCAUCAGCACCAUCUCGGAGUGGUCUCUGGCCCUUUCCUUUGUCAGCUUCUUCCUCACCUACAUACGGGAUUUUCAGAAAAUAACGCUGCGAGCAGAAGCCGACUUGCAGUGCAAUCACCUGUACGACAGCCCGCACUACAACGUGAGAGUGCCUGCGAGCCACGGGGAGGUGUCUCCGCUACUUGGUGGGACCACCUGAUGUCGAUGCCCCCUGUUGGCGUGGAGGCCUGACUGCAGUUUCACCGACAACCGCAAGAACACUCAGACUUGCUGCACCUAUCAGAAACGGUCGCCUUUACGACAUCACAGAGCGACCAGUCAGCAGAAGAGGCUUCUGCACAGGAACCACUCUCCCACACUCAACACACAGUAGGACCACAGAUGUUUAAUAUACAGGCCAGAUAGUCAGCUUAGUUUGUUCUGCGCUGAACAGUUCUAUCUCUGACAUUGUUGAAGCUACAGGUGUCCUAAUUUGCUGGCUCGUUGUGAACAUUCUAAAACGGAACAACCCAUAGUAAAUAUGGGAAUGCAUACAGGACCAUAACUUCUAGUUACCAACCAGAACCCCUAGACAGAGGGCCAAAAGGAACAACAGGAGCUGAAUAUCUGGUCACAGUAGAACAUCUGUGGUAGGACUGUCCUGUGAGUUCAGCCUCAGUAGCAGCACCAGAGUGUGAUCUGCAGUAAGUGGCCUGAUAACAACAUCGCACAUGGCAAAGCUUUCACUUAGGGCCUUUUGCACUUACCCACUCAUGCUAAUACGAUAUGCAGUUAAAUGUAUUAGCAAUAUGAAUCGGGGAAAUCUCAUUCAUAACAACCACCUGAUUUCUAUAACCAUCACUCAGAAUGUUAAACCGUAUUCAAAUUAGUCAUUUUAAUAGUUUUAUAAAAAAAAAAAGUAAAAAGUAAAGAAAUGACAAUUGUGAGAUUAUCCUUUAUAGAACACAUGAACACAUAUAUUAACGAUUUGACAUUUUGUACUUAUUUUUGAAAUAUCUCUGAUAUGAACAUUGAUAGUGCGUCUAAUCAUACAGUUCAUUGUUGCAGUAUUACUGGUACUUGAUAACUGUUGGACUGCAUAAAGGGGAGGCAUUUCUGUACUUAGUUGCUUAGCAGUUGUUCUCCCCCAGAGUGACAUAAAUUGCUUAUAUUUUUCCAUUUAAAUUGCUGGAUACAUGCUACAAUGAAUCAGGUUAAGCACCUUGCUAAAUGUUCCAUUAUCAAGGCCCUGUAUGUUGAGUAACAGAUGUAUUUGCUGAAAUAUACUACCCUUCUCUAGCACAUGAUACUUAUUUCAGACACAAAUGAUUCCAGUCUUAGAUAAAGUUUAAAUUCAGGGUAGUCUUCACAGCAGAAUUGCUGAACUGUUUAUACCACUGAUUGCCUGAAACUGUAGCUUUUAAAUGCAGCUGCAUAUGACAUCUAACUGACAUUAGGGUUGAAGAGAGAAACUGUCCGGCAACUAAAAAUGUUCCGGUGGAACAUAUAGAGCAAAAAAACAUUAAUGCUUUUAUUUUUUGUGUGAAUGAAUUGUCUGUCAUGGACCUUAACACCUGUAAUAUCUGAAUAUUCUGUUAUUUCUUGUCAUUAUACAGCCACUAGAUGGCAACAGAGCCUAAGGGCUUAAUUAUGUCACAAAGUGGAUGGAACCUUUAUUUUACGGAGACCGAGGGGACCCUGAAUUAUAUGAGGAGGGAUUUUAAAACAAUACAGUGAAAGUAAAUAAUGUCAAUUAACAGCAUAUAAUAGCAUACAGUUAUAAUUGUGUUAUAACUAAUUACAUCUACAAUGGUAUCAUAUCCUAUAAAAGGUGAUGUUUGGUCACACACAAGUAAAUGACAGUAACAUUUAAUGCACCUAUUGUCUGCUUUUCCUAACAAAUUCAUUUAAAUUACGUUUAACUGAAUAGAUAAGAGAACAUAACUUAAUUCGUUUGAAAAAGGAAUUUUCUUCUCAAUUAUAUCAUCCUUCUCUGAGCUAUGAUGGUUACGUUUAGUUCAGCUGCAGUCAAGUAAAGAACAAGUGAAAGCGGUGUUAGUCUGGAGAAGGCCUGCCCAGGGUGAGGCACAGUCCCAUUUCAUACCAUGCCCAUGCAAACUGAGUGUCCCUGUUGUGUCUCACCUUUGUGUUUCAAAAAAAGUUUUAUUUUGCUUUAUUGCAACCACAUGUAACCAGAAUGGUUCAAGGAAGCUUUGGUGUAGUGAGAGGGAAAUCCCCCUUUUACUAAAAUAUUAGGUUUAUGCCCUUGUACCUAUGGGAAUAUGUAGUGGCCUCCUGUUUAAGAUAAAUUCAUGGUGUGAUUGUGUAGGGGCCAUGGUGGUUAGACUGCUGAUGUCAGCAUUACAGAUCCGUUACUGAAUUCCUAACUGUAAUCGGUUAAUCGGAGAUAGCUGGUCCUAGCUGAGAUGCUGCCCAUGUGCUGGGAGUCUAAACAGUGUGACUGCCAUGAAAGCAUUGCAGUAAUGAAGAACAAGCGGUCUGAUGUUGGCAAGCACAAGGGUCUGCAAAUUUAGGCUAAUUAAUAUGGAGGGCAUACAUACUACACAUUAAAAUAUGUCAUUCAUCACUAACUACAUGCUUUUCAUGCUGUGUCUAAAGCAGAUCUGUUUCUUGACCUAAAUGUACAGAAGCAUGUGCACUGAGGGCUCAGGUUAGCUGCCGCAUGUAAACGUUUACCAGUGUUGUGCAAGAGACAGGCCCUGCUUUUCUGCAAAGGCAGCGAGUCCUAACCUGUCUUGCAGCAGCGUGCCUGUCUACCCUGAGGUCCACUCGGAGGUUAUUGGUGUACAACACGAAACUGAGACUUUUUGUUUUCAGCACACAUAGCCCUGGGCCUGGAAAACAGGCUGCUACACUCACAAAUCCACCACCGGUACGCUGUAUCGUUAGCACUGAAUCUAAAAGCACCGGGGUUGCAGUGCAACCUGCAGUGCUAGUCUGUCCCUGUGAUGUAACCCCCGUUUUUGCUUUGCGUACUGAUAGCUUAACUCUUCGGUAAUAACAAUUCAGCAGUUGCUGUGAAACUGGGGGGUACUGGUAUGCUGGCACUGAAGACAAAGGCACUUAAGUUUGUAGAAUGUCUGUAGAGUACAGAUCAAUAUUAAUGUUUUGAUUUCCACGGUUUAACAGCACUGACAAACUGCUGUUCCUUGAAUUUUGUUAUUAUUAUGUUAUCUGGGAAUGUGGAAAAGAGGGACGUAUAAAGGUAACAUUUUGAGGUGACGGCCCAGGAAAUUCAGUCAUCCCCUAACUGUACUACCUGUCGUACAGUUGGAAAUGAAAUGUGAUUGAGCCCUUUCUGUGUGUUGCUAUAACCAUGUAAUUUUGUUGAAUUUUAAACUUUUACAAUUUACAGCUUUUA